AUGAUUGACCAAACCGCCCCCGGCCCAGCAGCCGCUUUCCGGUCCGCAGUAGCCUACAUCGUCCGCAACUUUAUCUCCCAGCAGCAGCAGCAGCGCCGGGCCAGAACCACCACUCGCGAUCGAUUGGCUGAUCAAAUGCGGGGCGCCGGCGCGGGGGAGUUGCUGCAUACGCGGUUUUCGGAGGUGAUCCGGGUGUUUACCUCGCGGACGCAGACGAUGCGGUUCGUGGCGAUGUUGAAGAUCAUGGAGUUUGCGAAGCAGCUGCAUGAGCGUGAGGUGCUGGUGCGGGAGUAUAAGAACAGCACUGAUAGACAGGAGAGGGACGUUCUGGAGGUCGUUAUGGAUAGUUUGCAAUUGGGGGGUGGUGUGGAGCAUGGUCCCGUGCCCGUGAUGGAGCGUCCACAGGUGGGUGGGGGUGCUGUGGCGCGGGCUACUGUGUUCUUGAAUGAUAGGGGGGAGAGGAUUGCUGCUGUGACUGGGGAGAUGAGGCGGAUUAUAAUUCAGGGUUCUACGGGGUUUGCUCCAGAGGUCCCUGAUGCACUGCUUGUGGAGGAGACGUAUGCUUUCCUGGGGGCCGACGAGAAUAAAGGACUCGGUGGGUGGGGGGUCUUUCAAGAGACCAUGACGAUGAAUCCGUGUUUUUUCCAGUUGGUCAGGAUAGCAGUGGUUACUUGUAUUAUGAACUGGUACUCGAUUUCAGUUGCAGAUCCAUGUUUUGAUGCAUGCGAGGAGGAUAACAAGAAGGCGUAA